GCUGGUGUUUACCUUAGCGACGGGCAGCAAUGGAGGAACCUGACGAUGGUCAGAAAGAGAUAGUCCGCAGCAAACGCAUCUUCCUCAACCAACUGGACACCUUCGUGGGCAAAUAUGUGGGGAAGUAUCUGGCCCAGUGUGUGGUGGGAUCGUCAUCGGAGGAAGUCGAUCAGGAGGAAGAGGAGGAGGAGACCUCUACGAUACUAAGCGGGUCCUUGGGCCGAGGCAAGGAGGGAACGUAUCAGGUCGUGGGAACGCUGAAAAACCGUAAUGACAAGGGUCCUGAUUUCGCCUUUGAAAUCUGCUCUUUUGUAUCGCGUGAGGAGCUGCUCUUAUUCCUGCUGGAGUGUGACAUUAUCAUCUAUAACAUCAUCGAGAACACGGAUCAGAUCGACGAGGCCUCAUGGGCUGCCUCAGCCCUACACAGUGAGAUGGAUCGGUUUGAGGCCCCAAAGAUGUUCAUCCUGUUAUCGACGAUCAUGACCUGGUCACACACCAAACCUUUGGAUGCGGAUGACCCUUCGGUUCCCUUCACGGAGGAUGACUAUCGGAGAAGGAAAGCACACCCCAACUUCAAAGACCACCUGAGCAUUGAGAAACUGGUUAUCAAACUGGGGAAAACUAAGAAACGCAAAUUUAAUACGUACGUCGUUGCCUCUGGACUUCACUACGGAAUGGAAGAGACUGUGUUCCACACCUUCUUCAAGAUGGCUUGGCUCGGGGACGUUCCAGCCGUUCCCUACUUUGGAGACGGGUUAAACAUAGUUCCGUGCAUUCACAUCAGGGACUUGGCUGCAGUUUUGCAGAAUGUAGCAGAUCAGAAACCCAAGAUUCACUACCUGAUCGCUGUCGACGAUUCAAAAAAUUCACUGCAAAGCAUAAUCAAGGCAAUCAGUAAACUUGGGUCGGGCAAGGUGGAGAUGGUUCCAGAGGAAAACGCUUUGCUUAAUAAAGACUUGCAACAAUCGAAUAUCGAUCAUUUACUGAUCAACCUGCCUCUGGAGGCUUUCUACAUCAAAGAGAAUUUUAACAUCCGCUGGGAGGCUGAGAACGGCCUGGUGGACAACAUGCAGAAGAUGAUCCAGGAAUUCAAGGAAUCUCGAGGGCUCCUGCCACUGAAGAUCGCUAUUGUGGGACCCCCGGGUGUGGGGAAGACCGCAAUGGCGGAGAAGCUGUCCAAACAUUUCAAGCUUCACCACAUUAAAAUAAAGGACGUCAUUUUGGAAUCCGUAAGGAAACUGGAGGAAAAGAUCGGUCGGGUCGAUACCGAGGAAGAGGAGGAGGAGGAGGAAGAAAUCACUUCCAAAGAAGCCCAGGAGCUUCUGGACCAAAUCAGAGAGAACAUGGAGCAGUCUGAAGGUCGCCUGGACGAUCAUUUUGUCAUCAGGUUCAUGAAGGAGAAGCUGAAAUCGAUGCAGUGUCAGAACCAAGGCUUCAUCCUGGACGGGUUUCCAAAGAGUUACCUACAAACCAAGGAUCUCUUUGGCACUGAAUAUGACGACGAGGCAACGGACAUUCUAACCAAUAUAGUGCACUUUGACAAGUCCAUCACUCCCGAGCACAUCUUUGCCUUGGAUGCCAGCGACGAUUUCUUGAAGAACCGUAUCAUGAACCUGGCAGAGAGCGAGGUUGCAGGGACUCAUUACACACAAGAGAAAUUCCUGAGGCAUCUGGCGAAGUACAGGGACACCAACACAGAGGACGAGACGCUGCUUAAUUUUUUUGAGGAGAUCGAGGUUCAUCCCGUGCACAUUGACAUCACCAAGGACACUGACCCUUCCAACACGGCACUGGUGGAGAAAAUCACCAGCCUGGUCGGCAAGACCAGGAACUACGGCCCCACCCCCGAGGAGCUGGCGGAGAUCGAGCGUAAACAGGCCAAGGAGCAGCUCCUCAAGGAGGUCACGGAACGGGCCGAGCGGGAACGCAGGGAGGCAGAGGAAUCCGCGGAAAAGUUAGCGCGUUGGGAGGAAUGGAACAAGCGCUUGGAAGAUGUAAAGAGAGAGGAACACGAGUUCCUUGAAGCUCAUUCGAUCCCUCUCCGGAAUUACCUGAUGCAGAACGUCAUGCCAACCCUCACACAGGGAUUAAUCGAGUGCUGCAAAAUCAGGCCCGAGGAUCCUGUAGACUUUCUGGCUGAGUAUCUGCUCAAGAACAAUCCACAAAUUGAAUGAAGAGGAUUAAAGAAGCAGUUGAGGCAACUUCCCAAUAAAGAGCCCGUUCAAAACUGUAGAAUAUAUUUUUCAUUAAACUAUUAUUAAUAAGCUGUGCAGCGCAAAUGUAAUUAGUGCUUGCAAUUUAAAGCAAAUCUUGGUUAUCACGCAUUCCAAUAAAGUAGCAUCUAUUUGUCUGUA